CCUCCAAAACCAGGAUCAUCGCCGGGCAGGUCUACCGGAGCCGGGUCAGGCCGAAGUGGAGCCGGGGGGUCAAGCGACCAGAAGGCAAAGCGCCAGACAAAGAGUCGGGUGACGCAAGCGGUUCCGCGUCGGAGGCGGAGCUAUUCCGGAUGGCGGCCGGCAUCCCGGGAAGGAACCGCGCAGUCUUCCUGCUCACGUACGAGGAGCUGCUGCGGCGCCGGCUGGGCCGCUACGAGCACGUGACCGCCCUGCGGCCGCUGCAGCUGGUGAGCCGCCUCAGCGUGGACGUCACCGUCGCGGACCACUCGGCCAUCACCGCCCUGGAGGUCCUCCCGCUCCGCCGAAGCAGCGGGCCCGACCCGGCCAGAGCGUCAGCCAAGACCCGGCCCCCCGUCGCCACGGCCAUCCGGAGGGAGAGGAACGUCUGCAAGGUCACCUUCAGCCCCAACAUCGUCCAGCAGGCCAAGAUCGCCACCGAUGGCAUCCUGGGAGAUUUUGUGAUCCGCUACGACGUCCAGAGGCACAUGGGUGUCGGUGACGUGCAGGUUCAAAAUGGGCAUUUUCUCCACUACUUCGCACCCAAAGACUUGCCGGCGGUGCCCAAGAACGUCGUGUUUGUCAUCGACACCAGCGCCUCCAUGCUGGGCACCAAGAUGAGACAGACGAAAGACGCCCUGUUCACCAUCCUGCGGGACCUGCGAGCCGUCGAUCACUUCAACUUCGUCAGCUUCUCCAACAAGAUCAAAGUGUGGCGUCCGAGCGGCCUGGUGCCCGUCACGCCGAUCGCCGUCCGGGACGCCAAGAAAUUCAUCUACACGCUCGUGCCCACCGGAGGCACCAACAUCGACGGCGCCAUCCAGAGCGGCUCGGCCCUGCUCCGUGACCACCUGUCGGGCGCCGGCGAGGGCGCCCACGGCGUCUCGCUUAUCGUCUUCCUGACGGACGGACGGCCCACGGUCGGGGAGUCGCGGUCGGCGGCCAUCCUGGGAAACGCCCGCUCGGCCGCGCUGGACAAGUUCUGCGUCUUCACCGUCGGCAUCGGCGACGACGUGGACUACAAGCUCUUGGAGCGCAUGUCUCUGGAGAACUGCGGCGUGACGAGGCGCAUCCGCGAGGAAGCCGACGCCGGCGCCGUGCUCAAAGGGUUCUACGAGGAGAUCGGCACCCCGCUGCUCUCCGACAUCAGGAUCAACUACACGGGCGACUCUGUGGACCACGCGACGCAGCACGUCUUCGCCAACUACUUCAACGGCUCCGAGAUGGUCGUCGCCGGCAAGCUGAGCGACUCGAGCGCCGAUUCGCUCCACGUUGAGGUCACGGCCAGCAGCAACGACAAGACGGUCGUCCUGGAGACGGACGUGUCCCUACGGCGUCUGGAGUCGGAGUCGGAACGGCACCUGAAGGCGGCCGGCGCGGGAAGUCCCGCUUUCGCCCGGCUGGCGGCGAACUUCGCGGAACGUGCGUGGGGAUUCCUGACGCUCAAGGAGGAGCUUCGGUCGCGUCUGCGCAGCAGAACCAGCGGGGAGAGGCAGGAGCACGUCCGGCGGGCCACCAACCUCUCGCUGGCGUACCAUUUCCUCACCCCGCUGACCAGCAUGCUGGUGGACGAGCCCGAGGUCGCGGCGCCGGGGCUCUCCGUCCCCGAGCUCGCGUCGUCGUCGGCGGCCAACGAGCUGCCGGACGACCGAGACGACGGAGCGUUACGCAGGGAAGUCGACAGGCCGAGUUUAAGUCUCGGCGACAAUGCGAGAGGUCCGGUUGAGAGGAGACCCGCCAGGAAGUCCGUCACCAUCUCCAAAACAUCAGCGGACGGCGACCCUCACUUUGUGGUGGACUUCCCCCUCAGCAAGACGGCCGUCUGCUUCAACGUCAACGGCGAGCCCGGUCACGUCCUCCGCCUGGUUUCCGAUCACAAGUUCUCCGGCGUGACGGUGAACGGCAAACUCAUCGGCGCGCCGCCCCCGCCGGGCAGCCGCAAGCACCAGCGCACGUACUUUAGCAGCAUCACCGUGGUGGUGGACCGCCCCCGCCGCGCCUACAUCGAGGUGACGCCCACCAAGGUCAUCCUGGACGGGCCGGACCGGCUGGUGCUGCCGUGCCACUCCACCGCCUCGGUGGAGAGCGGCGGCCUGUCGGUGGCGAUCGUCGGCGGGGCCAACGUGACGGUGGGCGUCGGCGCCAACGUCACCUUCGUCGUCCUGCUGCAUCGCUACAAGAACCCGGCGCCGUACCAGAGAGACCACCUGGGUUUCUACAUCCAAGACAGCGAGGGGCUCUCGCUGAGCUGCCACGGCCUUCUGGGCCAGUUCGUGCAUGAGGAGGUGGGCGUGGUGCAAGGAGAUCCCGGUGAGGAUCCCCCGUCGGCGCUCCUCAAGGUGAGGGGCCGCUCGGUGCCGGCGGUCCGCAAGAGCCGGCGCGUCUACGGCGGCGCCCGGACCGUCGACUGCUGGUUCGCGAGGAACAACGGCGCCAAACUCCUCGACGGGCGCUACGAGGACUACGUGGCGGCGCACAUGUUUGACACGGGUGAGGGGCGGCGCCGGAGCAACGCAGCGUGAGGGGACCCCCCCCCCCAUUCCCAUCAGACCUUCUCAGUCAAGGUACUCUUUACUUUUGGAAACACAUCUUUGGAUACCCCAGCAGAAGAGCGCCUAAAUGCACUCCACGGAUUUUGGCAUCCUUUCGCAUUUUGGGAAAAACUGCGUCCACUGAUUCGAAGCAAACGUUUCCAAGCAUCUGCCCUUCUUAAAUAUUGCUAUCGGACAUUUUUAUACUGUAAUCGUUUUACUGCUAUUUGUUACCUUGUGUCAA